UGUGUGAAAUCAAAAUUUGAUUUUGCAGACUUAUUACCCAAGCAACUCUCUCUCUCUCUCUCUCUCUCUCUCUAGAAACCAACCUUUUCUUCCUUCUCUCUGCAAACCCUAGAUCUAUCUCUCUCUCGCUCCCCUUCGAUCUCCUCGGACGAAGCUCAAACCUUCGAUCUCUGCCCAUGGCUUCUGGAUCGUCGGGCCAUAACAACUCUGCUUCAAAAGGGUUCGAUUUCGCCACCGAUGAUAUUCUCUGCUCGUACGAGGACUACGGCAAUCAGGACAGCUCUAAUGGCACUCACUCCGAUCCCGUAAUCGGUUCCAAUUCCGCCAAGGAAUUCCACAAAAGCAGGAUGGCAAGAUCAUCAAUGUUCCCUGCUCCUGCCUAUGGUCCACCAGGGGAUUCUUUUAACGAAGAAGUGAUCUCUACCGUUGAAAAGUCCAUGAAGAAAUAUACUGACAAUCUCAUGCGCUUUCUUGAAGGAAUUAGUUCACGUCUGUCGCAGUUGGAAUUGUAUUGCUACAAUCUUGAUAAAUCCAUAGGAGAAAUGCGUUCUGAUUUAGUGCGUGAUCACGGGGAGGCAGAUCUCAAGCUUAAAUCUCUUGACAAGCAUCUCCAAGAGGUCCACAGGUCAGUGCAGAUCCUAAGAGACAAGCAAGAACUUGCUGAAGCACAGAAAGAACUUGCCAAGCUUCAGCUUGCGCAAAAAGAAUCCACUUCUGUGAGCCACUCCCAGCAGAACGAGGACAGGGCUACACCACCAGCUUCUGAUCCCAAAAGGACUGAUAACACACCAGACAUGCAAUUAGCUCUUGCCCUACCCCAUCAAGUUGCCCCACAGCCACCACUCCCGACCAGACCUGUGGAGCAACAGCAGCCUAUGCCACCACCUCCACCACAGAGUGUGAGCCAAUCACAGGCAUAUUAUUUACCUUCAGCCCAGAUUCAAAAUCCACCGGGUCCAGCCCAGCUAUCUCAGACUCAAUAUCUACCAUCCGAUUCUCCAUAUCGAACUCCCCAAAUGCAGGACAUGUCAAGGGUAGCACCGCAGCCAGCACAAACUCAAGUGAAUCAGGCACCACAGGUGCACCAGUUACCUCAGUAUCAGCAGCAGUGGGCCCAGCAGGUGACACCACCACCACAGUCAUCUAUGCAACAACCCCAGAUUAGGCCCAUGUCAACAACAUACCCUCCUUACCUACCAAGUCAACCUGCAAACCCGUCCCCACCAGAGACGCUCCCAAACAGCAUGCCAAUGCAAGUGUCCUAUUCAGGAAGCCAUGUCGAACCAAUGCCUUACGGAUACGGUGGGCCCGGUAGAACAGUUCAGCAGCAGCAACAGCAGCCUCCACCUCAGCAGCUCAAGAGCAGUUUUGGAGUACAGCCCAACGAUGGAUACACGACUUCUGGACCCCACCCUACCCUCUCUCCGGGGAAUGCUUAUAUGAUGUAUGAAGGAGAAGCUGGAAGGGCACAUCCUCCUCCCCCUUCUCAACAACCCCCUCAUUUUCCUCAAGGCAGUGGCUAUCCUCCGACAAGUGUUCCACUUCAGGGUCCACAGCCGAAUGCUGGCCCUAAUCUUAUGGGCCGUCCACCUCAAUUCAUGCGCAACCAUCCCUACAAUGAACUGAUUGAUAAAUUGGUGAGCAUGGGUUACAGGGGUGAUCAUGUGGCCAGCGUGAUUCAGAGGCUAGAGGAGAGUGGCCAACCUGUUGACUUCAAUACCGUGCUUGACAGGUUAAAUGGGCAUUCUUCUGCUGGGGGUUCUCAGAGAGGAUGGUCUGGGUAAACCCCAAUUGUUCCAUGCUCCAAAUCAUCAUCCAUUUGCAGGAAAAACAAACAUUGCGUGGUUUUAGUUAUCGCAUUGUCAAAUAAAAACUGUUGUGAUUUGCACUUGCCAGGUUUGGUGUAUAUGGAUUGAGAGGGAUGAGGAUCAUUGUAUGCUUGUUAUUUCAUUCCAAUACUUUUGUCGUCAGUUGUUAUAUACCAUGUUUUAUAUUUUGCAAUAGCAAGACACGUGAUUUCUAUUGUUGCUAUUAGGCAACUGUCAUUUUCUUUCAAA